GCAUUUUACAAUGAUACCCGUGACGCUUGAAGGACUUCACCCACGAGUGAGUAACUGGUUCUUUUGUUACAAGUGUCACUAAAUUAAGCUAUAGCAUUUUUGCUGCAUUUACUCUUCAGUUAUUCUUGCACACAAAUAAUCUACUUUGCAACAAACCGUACCGGCGUAAAGCGAUAUUACAGCAUGAUAAGAGACUUGACGCGUUCCUCGCUAAAGCCCAUUGUAUUGGCUAAGUAAAGUGAGUAAGCUAGAGUAAUUGGUGCCCAUGACUCAUGGGCCAUGAGUCACGCGCUUGGUCAUGGAAAACGGGCACGCUAGUUCGUAGUAAACAGCCCAACGGUUGAAUUAUCCCCAAUAAGUGGUGAAUACGAACUAAUUCAAGAGGCGAGUGAUGCCAGACCGAAACAGGGUAGGAGUUGAUGUGCAGGAUGGCGCAAGAUCCCGCCACCUUGAUUCGGAGCCAGCCGAAAAGCUUCACGAUGGCGGUUUGCACAUUUGCGGGACAAUCCUGACUUUUCUCUCGCUCCUCCUCAUCCUCGCUACCUUUCCCGUGUCCGUUUGGAGCUGUGUGAAGGUGGUCCAGGAGUAUGAAAGAGCUGUCGUGUUCCGUUUGGGACGUGUCAUUAAGGGACAGGCCAAAGGACCGGGACUCUUCUGGAUCAUUCCCUGGUUGGACACCAUCCAAAAAGUAGACCUGAGAACAGUCUCGUUCAACAUCCCACCACAAGAGGUGCUGACCGCCGAUUGGGUGCCGUUAAAAGUGGACGCUGUGAUGUUCUACCGUGUGGUUGAACCUGCUCUGUGGGUGACACAGGUGGCAGAUGCCAACUUGGCCACACACACCCUGGCACAGGUCACACUCAGGGCUACUCUGGGCACACACACACUGACAGACGCAGUCACACAGCGAGGGAAGGUCUCACAUCAAAUAGAAGAGCUGCUCUCCGCCACGUCUGAGAGAUGGGGGGUGCAGGUGGAGAGGGUGGAGCUGAGAGACGUCAGCCUCCCCCCCGGUCUGCAGAGGAGCAUGGCGGCCGAGGCGGAGGCUGUGAGGGAGGCCCGUGCUAAGCUGAUCUUGGCUGAAGGAGAGGUGGAGGCGUCUCGCUUCCUGAGGGAGGCGGGGUUAUUGAUGUCGUCCUCCCCAGUUGCCCUGGAGCUGCGGUACCUGCAGUCUGUCACCUCCGUGGUCACAGACCACACCUCCACCCUGGUGGUCCCUAUUCCCUGUGACCUGCUGGGAUCGCUCCUCCGCGGAACCCCCUGAGUCGUCACGACGGCUCAGCCGCGUCUACGAGGUGCCACAAACUGGCUCCGUCCGCGAAGUGGUGGCUAAACUGUGUUAUAUCAUUUC